AUGAGCCACCGCAAUGAAGAUAAACUCGGUGACCCUUCCCUACUCGACCGAAUCGAGAGUCUGCCACCGGAGCUCAUAGAUUCGAUUAUCGAAGCCAGCAUUUUCUCUGAACCAAACGGAUCACACGAGGCCCUACACACGAUGAUGGAGCUAUAUCAAGAGCAAGUGAGAAGCAUUAUCAAGUCAAGAAUUGAGGCUGUCUUCCAGAGUCGCUCGCUUCAGAACCAAAUCAUAGCAAAUUGGAAGAUGUUGCCUGAUUUUUCCUAUGAUGAACCAAACCGGUUGAAAGUGGAAAAGGACGCAUCCUACGACUUGGCCUCAUGGUCUAUCAAAAAGUGUUCACAGUGCUUCCAAUUCUUGCUUCGUCGAAACACUAUUGAAGCUGCAUAUUUCUGUCACACAGGAGAGAGCCUCUAUUGGAUUGCAUAUAAGGACAACAACCUCGAGCAGGGAGCUUUGAUAGUAGCAUCGAUGAGCUAUGAGAACCUGCUUCAGCCAUUUUUGAUAGAUCGGUUGGGCGAACAUAGCAAAUCAAUUUUGCAAUCUUCUACAUGGAGUGAGCCUUGGUUUAGAAUUUGCUGGGAGCGCGUGAAAUCACAACCACAGGGCGCAUUGUCAUCACUUGGGCCUUACGAAAUUGGGCAGAUUUGUCGCUUCGUGGAUCCUGGGCUUGCUCAAACGCUGUUGGAUCAAGGGUUGGAGUUAGGAAACGCCAACAGAUCACCCUGGAUCCACGUGGUGGCACAGGAAAACCCAGAAGCAAUGUUUGAGUGGCUCUGGAAUAAAAAUUACCAGCCCCCUGGAAAUAUCUUGGAAUAUGCAUCGACAUGUUGUUGCACCAAGGCUGCAGGCUGGCUUAUUGGUCACACUGAGUACCAAGACUGGAGUCGAGCUCUCUUUAUUGCAGCUGGGAACACGGAAGCAAGAAGCGCGGAACUGUUUGAAGUCCUGAUUCAUCAAGAGCACUUUUUAUCAAAAAGUGAAGUUUUGGUCUGCGAUGUUCUCAUCAAAAUUGUGGAUGAAGUGUGUGCGACAUCCGAUCAGUUUCACCUUGUUUACCGAGAGGGAAUGUUUCCGGAUUGGAAGGAGGACGAAAACGAGUUCCAUGUCACAAUUUUAGACUUACAAAAGAUCGCGGAACGAAAGAUCCGAGCGCUCAACCGGGUAGGUAGUGGAGUUGGACUUGUGGGCAUGAAAGUGAAAACAAGGCACGCUGGAUUGCACCAGUUGACGGAGGCUCUAGAGAAACUUAAUUGGUGA